AUGGAGACUAUUGGAUCACAUGCAUUCACAAUUCCAAGAAAUGACCCUGUAAUGUAAGCAGCUGAUACACUAAAGUAAAAGCAAUGUCUUACUAUCCACUUCUUCUACUGGGUUCUGUUUUUUAAUGUUUGAUGUCUGAAAUAAGUCCCCAUUUUCUGAUAUAUCUAUAGAGAGUCUUGAAGGUGUAAAAUGGGAACUGGGAUUCGCCUUUUUAUGUACUGGGAAAAUGGGAUUUACUGCACUGGAGCUGGGAUUUAACCACUGGGAAAGGCAUAAACCAUUUCUAAAAGGGAAAUGGGAUUUCUACCCUUUCACCAUCUUCGACUUUAUUAUAUGACACAACUGCUCAAGUGUGCCUAUUUUUUUUUUAAGUAAAAGAAAUAAUAGGUACACGUAGACCUCAGUAGACACAUAGGAUCAUGUCAAUUUUUUCGCAUUCGCAUCCAGUGCCUCCCCGCCACCCAAUUAGCUGUUGUGGCUUGUCCCCAGGGUCUUUUUGUUUUCUGAGGUCACCAUAUUGAAAAACGAGAAGACGCUAGGACAAUGGGAAUGACAUACGCACGUUUGCGUGUGACAGAGAUCAAAAUGGUGCCCGAUUUAUAUUUUGGAAGUGUUACACCUGGCUUGUACGUAUUAUGGGGAAAUAACAACGAUGCUAGCGAGGCCUUCCUUCAGCUCAGAUUUGUUAAAUUUUGGCAAAAAAACGAUUCAAAUAAAUAAUAGUCCAAACACUUUUAUCUGAGACACAGGUGAACGAAACAUACCUGGUUUAAUUGAUAUAUUAAUCACUCUCUAAUCAACACAACCAGCACCGCACCAAUCAGAAGCUGCGUAUACAUUUUUCGGAAUUGUUGAGUUUCGGGACAAGCGUUUGCUUUUCCCCUCCCCCUUCUUUGUUAUGCUUUCGUCCCAACUUUCUCGAAGACCUUGGGCGGAAACUCUUGAUGCGUAGGCUACCCGCGGAGGUUCUCAACGUAAUGAUUACAGCAGCAGCAGAAAAUAAGAAAGUGAAGACAGUGAUUUGGAUGAGGAUUGUGCAGAAGACAGAAGAGGUUUUAAUAUGGUGAUGUCAACAAGGGUUGGAAGAGGAAGAGUGUUCACCAGCAAGAUAAGAAAUUUUGUUCAAUCCAGGUGAAUGAAGGUUCAUAAUCCAAAACAAUCAGCCUUUUUACUUCAUGAUGCGCAUCAGUUAGCAAGAGAGCACUGGAAAUGGGAUUACAGAUUUGGUAACUGGGAUUUGGACUAAAGUCAGGCUGGGAACUGGGAUUGGGUACCCUUCCCACCCCCCCUCCCCCCCCUUCAGAAACCCUUUUUAAAAAAUUCUGGAAUAAGCGGUUGCCUUAACUUUAAAUUUUCCUUCAUAAUUUAGGUAAACAACUCGAAAGUUUUGUUCAACCGAUGUACAUUAAUUUCGAUGUAUACUUGCUUUAUUUGUGUGCAACAUAGAUUCUCUUGAUAUGUUCGCAUUUACGUGUUUUUUUUUGUCCUGAAUAAUGUCAUAAGUUUUACUGACGCCAUCGAUCAUAAAGGUCACGCGCACAUCUACUACAAAUCACGUGAUUGGUGGGGAUUGUUGUGACCAAACUAGUUGGUAAAUAACGAAGGAUUACAACGGAUUGAACCUUUAACGAUUAAUUCUAUUCCGCCUUGCCGACUCGUAGUCCUUAACAACUACAGUGAGGCGUCCCAUGCACUACUGAGGGGGAAUCUGGGUCCUAAUACACUACAGGGAUGAUUCUGAGUUUAUUCACUUUUACGUGUGUUCAAGGUCAGGUGGAGGAGGUAGAGAUCCCUUCCCUUCUUUCAUGAUAAACAGGGAAAAAAUGAUCCAAUAAAUAGGCAACAAAUAAGGAAAAUAAUCUAAAGAACAGGACUACGGAAAAAAAUGCGGAGAGUAAAUUAACAAAAGCGGAAAGCAUUUUAGGAACGAGCAGGUGUCAAAGAUAAAGUUUGGUAAUAACAAUGAAAUCGCUCAAAACUAAAACUUUGUAGAAUACAGUUGUAGGUCAGUAGUCCUGCUUUUAUACUUUCGUUUUUGUUUUGUUUUGUUAUUUUCCAUUUUUCCAGCUACUGUUGCUAAAUAUUGCUAGUAUUGGUGUAGACCAGGCUAUAGUAAAACCUGUACUUAAGAAAAAACUAAAGGGUUCCUAUGGACUUUACACUUAGUAGCUAGACAUUGCUCUAUAAUAUUACUUUCUUGACCUCAAAGCGAGAUGAAAAUAUCUCUGUUCUUCUUGUAGGAAAAUAUAAUACAAAGCUUGUAGACUCUGAGUCGCACUUUUUUUGCCGGUUCUUCUUCUUCUUCUUCUCUUAUUUGGACUUGAACUAUUUUCCAUUAGAUUGAGUUCGGGUUCCGCCCACAAUUUAAAAUUCCAAACUUUUUGAUCAGAAAAAAAAAAGAAUACAUAACAGACACAUGCGACGUUAAAAAUCAAAACCUUGAAAAUUCGAUGAUGGACAAUAAUCAUAUAUUGUUUCUUCCUGUUUUUGUUUAAGACAUAUGAUACGAACAGAAAUAAAGACUGUCAGUCUCCGAUCUUUUUACGGCAUUGACAACCUUACGAUUGAUAUGUAAGUAUGGUCUGUGGUGCAUGUAAUGUAGUUGCAUAUUAGAAUAUAUAAUGUCUUUGACUGAAACUGACAAAAAGACGGCUGUUUUAUCGGCGUCUGAUCUGUUGCGGCCGGGCUAUUGUCAUGCGAGCUUGAGUGCAACGUUAUUCCUGAAAGAAGGAUCUGCUAUUUUAGUUCUUAUUUGAUUAUGACUCCUAUCAUCUUUCUAUCGCUUUUUUCAAUAGAAGUUUUAAUGAAGGAGAAAUUGGGAUUAUGAAAUUCAGGGAUGACGAACGUAACUGCGCAAUUUAUCUGUGAGUGAAUUCAUCAUUACAACAACAAAGAUAUCAGAAAUCUGAAUAUGUGCAGUUUUUUUCUCUAUUAUUAGCUCUUAGUUGGUGAUUGAUUUUUCUUUUCAUAAUUUUUGUUUUUACAUUAGGACAUUAGGACAGGAUGAUUAUGAAUAUAACUUCAUUUUUGAUAUCGUCAUUUCUGGAAAAGAUUAUCGGGCUAGAAAUCAAAUAAAAGCGGCUUUUAAACGAUAUGGAUUUGCCAAUGAAAGUGGUGGACGUUAUAAAUUACUUCCAUGUGAACUUGGGACGUACGUUAAUGCUUCUGCUGAAACCAUCAAAUGCAUAGAGUGCCCAGCAGGUAAAUUUAUUCGCAGUUUAUGA